GAGCGCGAGCGAGCUUCGCGCACGGCUCGUGUUUCCAUAACGACGAGUGUUUCUCCUGACUGACCAACAUGGCUGAAACUGAGGGGUAAAAGCGACACGGGGGAGAGAGUAUGAGAAAAUAUAUAUCGUUAGGAAAUAACGUUUCGCUGGAAAAGCUAUCGACCUCAAUUUUGUAAUGGAAGAAAAAAGGACGGAAGAUCUUGCAAGUGCGUGCGUGAAGAAAGAUGCGUUUACCGAUGGUGCACCUGUGUUUGCUCUUGCGGCUUCAAUGAUUUAUCCAUAGUUUAUUCGUAGAUAGCUUUUUCAUUUAAUUGCUGUUCUUAUUAACGUUUGCUUUUUUGACAGUUGCUUGGGGAUGAAAAAAGAGAUUGCGACCUGAUAAAAUAAUUGUCCCUGUUUCUAAUUUGUCAAGCAGUUUCGCUUGAUCGUUACUUAUCAAAAUGAAGUAAGCAGUGUUGUUGUGGUAACCGGGAUGAUUGUGGAAACAAGAAAAAGUACAAAGAAGAUUACACGCAGAAGAGUUAUUGUAAAAGAGUUUCUGCAAAAAAAACAGAAUCCCAAACUUUUGUGCUAAAAUGUGUCUAUUUAAACGAACAAUUCAAAAAGAGAAUAAAUCCCGCAUUGUUAACAUCUUAAGUGCAACGCAAAAAUGCGAUGUGCAUUUCUUUUGAUAUUUGCUGACGUGAAAAAAACUCUCGCGCAGAUAGACGAUAGUCCAUCCACUUAUCAUGUUACAGAGUGAGAUGUGUUGGAAGAUGCACUAAAGAAAGAAGCGGGAAAAAGAGACGCGAGAGACUACUUUAUAUAUAUAUAUAUAUGUAUAUAUAUAAAUAAAAGCGCGACGGCGCGACGAAAAUAAAUCGCGUCGCACGCGGCACUCGCAAUUUACAACGGUUGUAACGGCGCUGGCUGUUACAGCUUGGCUCGGCUGGAGCCAAUGACAGUUUCUUCUCUUUCUCUCUUUCAGUCGAUCGGCUCAUCAGGAGACACAGUUUGAGAUACUUUACACCAUGUUGCAGCGGUAGAAGGGAUGCGCACAACACAGCAGCAGACAUUUCACUCGCUGCUUCGUGCGCAUCCCCUCCAUUGUUGCAACAUGGUGCUGUAAGCGUCUCAAAACUGUUGUGAAUCACUGAUCGCGAUGUGUCCAACUCGCAACGAUGAAAAUCUGUUGCAUACCGAAACCAGGAAACGAAGAUUCCUGCGCUACUUAUUACAGGGCUUGUUCCCAUAUUUUCGACUCUCGCAACAACAAUCAGGAUCUAUACCACGUAACAGAGAAUCGUCUCGCGAUCAACCAGAAGAACGACAAGAACCGCAAGAGGAAGAGUACAUUCACAGACGGAAAAUACGACGUACUGACGGGAGAUAAAAGCCCCAACAAGGCCGAAAGCACAAGUCAAAGGGAUGCGAUCAAAGAGUAUUCCGAGGAAGAUGCGCCGCCGAUACUGCUGCCGUGCGCGAUCUGCGCGCGGACUUUCAUGCCGCAGUCGUUGGAGAAGCACGCGAGGAUAUGCGAACGGGCCGCCGCCAAGAAACGCAAGCCGUUCGACUCGGCCAAGCAGAGAAUUCAGGGCACGGAACUGGCCGAAUUUCUGCCUAAGCAGGAGACGCGUCGUCACCAGGACGAAAGGAUCGCGUCCAGAUCCUCCUGGAAGAAGAACCAUGACGAAUUCCUCAGAACGAUUCGCGAAGCUCGCGGCGAACUUCUGGAUUCACAUAGACGCUGCAGCAGUUCCCUGAUCACUUCGGGCGCGCCAACACGCGCCAACGAGAAAGGCAUGUGUCCCACGUGCAAUCGCCACUUCGGCAUCAAGGCCUACGAUCGCCACGUGGCCUGGUGCAAGGACAGAAUACCGAGGGUUUCGUUGAGCCCGGCCACUAAUCGGGCGAAGGAGCGACUGGAGGCGCGCAUGAGGUACAGAGCGCCAGCCUUGAAGAACCGGCGAGCGAUCAAUCGGGAAAAGUACAGCCCGGGUUCGAAUAUGACCGCCAAGAUCUCGGUGUCGUCGCCGGCGCUCGUCAAAUCGAAGGACACCGCUCUGACGACCAAUUGCAAUCGAGAGAAACAAAAACUAGCCGUCGUACGACAUCCUGAACAACUCAAGGAAUCACCUACCUCAUCCGGACCGAUGAAAUCACGUCUCGCCGACCGCGAUGUAAACAGCGGCACGUGCAAGGAUUACAAUCCCUUUCUGCUGGCCGAGCAGCAGAUGAACGACCUGCUGUCGGACACGAGCGAUCAGUCCGCAACGGGAAGUCCGAAAUCCCAACCGACUCGCGACAUUCUCUAUCCUCUCUCUCACUCCUCCGCCUUUGUGAAAUAUCCUCCCUCCGAGAAAAGAACGUCUCUUAUAGCUCCUCCUACCGAAUUCGACGACCUCUCGUCGAUCAUAUCGUCGAGCGACUCCACCGAGACCAAUUCGAUCUCGCGGGAGAUCUUCCUGAAGCCCGAUCCGUCCAAAAACACGACGGGUCCGAAACCCGUCAGGGAACUGAGUCGACGUAUCAUCAUCGACAAAUCAAAGGCGCUGGGUGUGGACGAGCGUCGCAAUGUCAUUGGCAGCGCUGAUCACAGUAAGACUCGUGACAAGGUCACGUCCAAGGUCACGAGAUCGCAGAUCAACCGGUCCGAUUCGACACGAGCCUCGUCCGCGCCCAGAACGAACGCGAGUCCCGACAUCAGAGGAAUUACGGGCGGAGUCAGAAAGUCGCGAGACGCCAAGACGGCCGAUAAUCAGAGGUCGUCGGAUCGGAGGAACAACAAUUACUCGUCUCUGUCCGGCAGCACUUUGAGCCUCGGCUCGAUUAUUUCCUCCUCGGAGGCGGACGUCAAGCGGUCGACCUCGAUGUUCGACGAGCUCAUGACGUCCUUCGAGGAGGACACGUUUCCCGAUCACCUGAGAUCCCUCCUCAAUAACGAGUCCUUCGACUUGUCCAGUCCAAUGCACGACGGCGACAGGCAGCGUAACGGCAGCGUGAUCAGCGACGAGGAACUGUCCUUACCGGAGAGCUACCGGCCGCCGGAUCACUGUAAGCUUAGCAAUGACUCGGCUUACAUUUAAAUCGCAAAUAUUCGCAUCACGGACGCAGCACCCACAGCGAAAUGGCCGGUCGUCUCGACGAGGACGCGCCGAGGAACGGUG